GAUUACACGACUCUAGUGUCUUCUCAUGUGUUCUAGGAUACAGGUUUUUCCACUGGACUUUGAUAGUGUUAUUUAAUGGCAGACAAUCAGUGAGAGUCUCUCUGUUUCUACUUGUGGAAGAGGUGUACACUUGAGCAUGCCAGGAUGUAAGAUGUUGCAGUUGUGCUAUAAGAAAGUAAAGUAGAAAAUUAUGAAGGGCCAUGCCCCCUCUCAGCUGCACAACUCUCAUUACCUUUUUAGGGUAUUGUAACAGAGUGCAGGGAGUGAUCCAAGCACUAGCCAGGCCCAGCAGGAUGGUUCACCUUCCAAGGUCAGAGGUGUUCGGUCUGGUAUAGCUGUGCAGGGGGUGAACAGGUGAUCCUGCACUGCUAAGUAGUUCCCCAGGAGAAGCUGAUUGGGGUAGUUAUCUAAUCAGGCUGGCAGACUGGAUGGGAUAAAGAGCCAAAUAGCCCACCCACCCAAGUCUGAUAAAGAGGCACAGGAAGGAAGUGCUAGGAGAAAGAAAGAAAGAAAAAGAAAAAACCAAACAGGGCUAGCUGAGCCUAAUCACAUAGAUGCUUUAGAGAAGAGAGACCUCUGGUCCUGUCAGGUCCUGAGGAGAGGGCUAAAAGCACUGUAGAUAUUGUAAAUAGACUGUUGCACAGGGACUGUAGUGAUAUUGGUGGAGGGAACUUGAAUGAAAGGAAUCAGAGAAAAACAGUGUGGUGCUAACGAUCCAAAAGAACUCAAAAGCCAUCAGAACGACAAUGCUGCAGAGAGAGAUUCGGACUCCACUAAGGAGUCUGUGGCAUCACAAAACACAAAAAUGAUUUCAUCCAUAGUCAUUUCACAGUUGAUUGAUGAGACUAAAUCAAAAGAAAAUGUGUCUGCUUUGCCGAUGCAGUCUGUGAUCACUCAGCCUAAUGCUUAUCAUACGAAGCAAUCUCUGGCUAAUCAUAGUUCAGUCAACAUUAAUAGAGCAUUCAUGUUACUUUCCAGCAGAUUAGGAAUUCAGGCAUCUUUCGAUGACAACGUAUCUAGAACAAACUCUCGUAAAAAAGGAUUCGCAUCCAUAACAGUUACCACUAGACGGGUUGUUCCACCUUUUAACAACCCAGUGCAGGUAGCUGUUACUGAUUCUCUGUGUUUGAAAUGCUGGGGAGGUGAUGUACUAAUGAACACUACUGCUACUUCAAACAAUGCAGGACGAGCUCAGCACUGCAAACCUUUGCAUAAUCAAGAAUCUUAUAGAAACGGAUAUGCCACCAGAUUAAAGGUUUCUGAAUCUUAUUCACAAGUAUGUGAAGGGCACGGAGACUGGAUUUUUAACAUUGAAAACAAAGAAAACAGAAUAUUUCCUCCAGGCAGCAAUCACAGGAAAAAAGCACCAGUUUCAUUCACUUCAUCUGUUCACUUCAAAAUUUCCCAGGAUUGUCCAAAUACAAUGUAUUACUUCAACAAGUUACUUUCUGUAUGUAUUGACCAACUUCAAAUUAAAAGCCAAAAAAUUCAUAGAUCAAUAUUGUCCUUCAAUAUAAAUUGCAGUUCACCCAGAUUAACACCAGAUGGAGCAGAUGGCAUAGCUAAUGGAGAGUCAAUAGCAGAGAUACUUAAAACAAAGCUCCCAGAAGAAAACAAGACUCCACUCAGAGCAAAUUCAAAUGCAGAUUUAAAAGAAAAUAAUGUAGAUAAAAAACAGACAGCAGAAAAGGAAUAUUUGGGUACUGCAUGCCCUUGGAAAGGUACAUCUCCCUCUGAAUGUCCAGCAUUUGUGGAUACAGCCAAAGGAAUUAAUACUUUAAUAGUCACAAAGCAAAAAGAAGAUAAUUCUGAUAAACAGUGUACUGGCAAUGACAUCAAAUUGUCCAUUCAAGUUCCUAAGUGGAGUUAUGAGACAGGAAUGCAAACUUUUUCUGGAAACCACAGGAGGCAGUACACUAAAGACAAGUACAAUGCAACUGCUCCUGCUUCCCUUAUGGAGCGAGCUCCCAAAGAUGAAUUCAGGGCUGAUGUUGGUGGCUCUUUGAAAGACAGAGAUCCAUCCAAAGGCACUUCAAAGUCCAAAGAGAGUCGAGCACAAAGCUUUCUGAAACCAAAAAUCUCUGUGUCUGAUUGUGUAUGUGAUAUAAAGGCCUUAUCAAAAACUGCACUGGAAGAAAAUGAUAUCCACAGGAAAAAUCAGUUCCCAAAAGGUGAUUACAAAUUCUGUGGUUCAGUUGACAAAAUAAAGGAUUGUAAGAAGAGUGACAAACAAGAGACGGCCAGCAGGGUAACAACCUCCGCAGCUCACUCACCAGAUGUUACUCAUGAGAAACAAGAAGUAUUCACACAGCCAGAAAUCUAUGCUGUGCCUGAGAAAAUUCCAUCCAGCCUACUGUCUCUAAGGGAGGCUCUGGAAGUCCAUAAACCUCAGUUUAUUUCUCGUUCACAAGAACGGUUGAAAAAACUUGAACACAUGGCACAACUGAGGAAAACCCAGCAGAGUGACACUCCAGAAAAGCAAGAAGGAGCUCUUCUUCCUCGCAAACUUUCCUCAGCAUCCAUUUCUAACAAAAAGAAGCAAUAUACCAUUCCUCACCCUCUCAGUGAUAACCUGUUCAAACCAAAGGAAAGGUUCAUUUCGGAGAAGGAGAUGCACAUGAGAUCUAAAAGGAUUUAUAACAACUUGCCUGAAGUGAAAAAGAAAGAAGAAGAAAAACAGAAACGAAUAAUCAUACAAAGCAACAGACUACGGGUGGAGGUCUUCAAAAAGCAACUACUGGACCAGCUUCUUCAAAGAAAUACGGAGUGACAAAGGAGGCCAUUGGAUCUUGAGUGUCUUUGACUAUUAGAUAAGACAUAAAAUUUAGCAUUAUCUUAAUUACCUGGAAACAUCUUUCUUACCUUUAACUCUCUAUGUAAAGGAAGAUAAUUUGUUCUUCAGUAGGAUUUGAAUGAAAGUUCCAAAUAACCAAGAGAGAACCUAUAAAUGAGAAAACUGCUUUAGGACUAUCAUCUUAUAGUUGGUUUACCCAGGGAAAAUAAUUUUAAGAAACUUUUAUGCAAACAUUGGAUUACAAUGGUAUUUAUUUUCACCUUUUAAAUAUAUAUACCCUUUUAGCAAUAGAACUGGGUUUACAAGACCUAGGAAAAUUAUGUUUCCAAAGUAUUCUACUCAUUGAUUUCCUGAGAGUAAAAUCCUAGAAAAAUGAAUAUCAUUAUUUGUUAUGUUUAGAAACUAGCUGAAAUGGCGUUACCACAAUCAUAUGAGCAGCAGUUUUAAAUUAAUGGUUAACAUACCAAAAGGGACCAAUAUUUUAGUGCUCUGAAGGGAGUUCAUUCCUGUUUAUGUAGUGAACCCAAAUAGCAGGGUUACCUUGUAGAAAGCAAUAUUUAGAACCUCAGUAAUAAUACUUUUUACAUGUUCUUCACUAUUACAUAUAAUUCUGCUUGCUUCUAUGAGCAUAAAGUAUUUAAAGAAAUAGCAUAUUAAGAAGUGGCGCAGACCCAUGCAAUGUUUUCCACCAAGAAAUAAGUGUGUGUAAAGAUUACAUAAUUAAAAACAUCUGUAAUGUUUCCUCCAACAAUAUUUAAAUCUUUAUUUGUACAUUUUGGAAGUCAAAUCUACCAAUUUUCAAAUCAAAUGGAAUAAACAAAUAUA